UUCAGAAGACUGAGGUCCGUCUUGGGCUGCGAAUCGCUUUCCGGCACUUCGGCAAGGAGUAUUGCAGAAUCGAGAUCAGGAUGAGGCACAACAUGGUGGCGUACCUGUACUGCCUGGUGCGGGAUCUGUACGCGGAGCACGGGGAUCCCCGGGUGGCGCAUCUGCCGCUGCUGGGCAACCUGUGGAUCGUGCUGGCCAUUGUCUUCGUAUAUGUGGCUUUUGUGCUCCACUACGGACCCCGGUGGAUGGAGCACCGCGCUCCCUUCGAGCUGAAGCGGGUCAUGCAGGUGUACAACGUGGUGCAGGUGCUGGCCAAUGCCACCAUUUUCUACUUUGGCCUGAUCAACACCUACCUGCAGCCGGGAUACAGCUGGACCUGCCAGCCGGUGGAUCACCAGGACAGAUCGCCGGCCAUGAUGAAGACGCUGUACGCCUCGUAUGCCUACUACAUGCUCAAGUACCUGGACCUACUCGAUACGGUUUUCAUAGUGCUGCGCAAGAAGAACUCACAGGUGAGCUUCCUGCAUGUCUACCACCACGGCGGCAUGGUCUUCGGCGUGUCCAUCUUCAUGACCUUCCUAGGCGGGUCGCACUGCACGAUGCUGGGGGUUAUCAACCUGCUGGUGCACACCGUGAUGUAUGCUUACUACUAUGCCGCCUCGCUGGGCGCCGUGAAGAACCUGCUGUGGUGGAAGCAGCGCAUUACGCAACUGCAGCUGCUGCAGUUUGGCUACCUCACCUGCCACUUCCUGCUGGUGAUCGUGCGGAACCCGUGCCAGUUUCCCGUGUUCAUCGCCUUCAUCGGCUUCAUCCAGAACAUCUUCAUGUUCUCCAUGUUCUUCGACUUCUACUACAAGACCUAUGUGCGCAGGCAGCGCAAGUCGGUGAAGCCGCAGCUGAAAGCCAGCUGAGCGGCGACCGAAUCCAAGGUUUACGUUCACUCCGCGUCAUUUCCAUAUUAAAUUGUGUAAUAAGUUGGUCGGUCGCUUAUGCAAAUAGGCCCCGGUCCAAAACCAAACUGCCUGGUAUAAAUAAACAUUCGGAUUGUGUCCCAGCCCCUCUGCCUCACCGCCACCCAUACAUA